AUGAUCUGCUCUCCCAUUAAAUCUUUUUCCGAACUAUUAAUUUGGAAGCCGAAACGGGCUCGUGUUCAGCCAAGUGAACUGGUGACACCAACUAUUGUGUUUUGUCAUGAUAUGGCUGGUGGCUAUCAUGAUUAUGAUACUACAGAUAAAAGUGUCCCAACUUUCCCCACUUACCGUUUUGUCCACUGGGAUUUGAUUGAUACAUUCAUCUAUUUCAGUCACCAUUUCGUUACGAUCCCUCCUGUUUCCUGGAUAGAUAUUGCUCACAAAAACGGUGUUAGGGUUUAUGGAACCGUGAUUAUCGAAUGCGAUCGAGUAAAUCCCUGUCCACAAUUCGAUCAAAUUUUUGGCACUACCACGAAAGAAGUUGGUCUGAAUGAUAUUCGGCUGCACUACCGGUUUGAAGGUUGGCUGAUAAAUUUUGAAAAUCGACGAAUCUUUCAAAGGGUUCUACAUUUUUUGAAAUGUCUCAAGAGUUUGGGUUCGGAGGUAAUUUGGUAUGAUGCUGUCACCCACAAUGGUCAUCUCAAUUGGCAAAAUUCUCUCACCACAGAAAACUCUGCUUUCUUUCACGCUGAUUUGGACGGAAUCUUCCUCAAUUACAAUUGGGAUCCCGAGCUUCUUGAAUUUACCCAAAAUCACUCGGACGAAUCAAUGAAAAUAUUUGUCGGAGUUGAUUGUUUUGGCCGGAAUUGCCCAGGUGGAGGUGGUUUUGCUAGACCCGACCGUCCUUUAUCAGUUGCCCUUUUCGCCCCUGCUUGGCCUUUUGAAAAGCGGCAAAUUAGUGAAUUAAUUCCUCAAAUUCGGGCUAUUGGAAAUUCAUUUCAUACGAACUUUUCUCUGGGUUUGGGUUUGCUCAAGAGGAAUGUCUUUUCACCAUGGAGUCGUCUUGCUGAACAGCAGGUUAGUUUUAGUUUCAAUCUCCCUCCCAUUGGUUCUUAUUUUGCUUUUACUAAUUUCUUGCCAAAUUUUAUGGAUUGUUUUACAUCGGGAAAUAGUUUGAGUAUAGAUAUUUCUCCCAAUUCUGAUCAGCUCUUGGAGAACUUCAAUCUAGAACUCUUCCUUUUUCCAAAUUUGUCCCUCUCCAAAAAUGCCACUCUCUCGAUGAUUAUACAUUUUGCAGGAAAUGCCGCUGAUGUCUGCGUAUUUGCACACGUCAGUACAAUUCCUUGGGAGUCCGUGAAUACAGCUAGAGAAUACCCAGUUACUGGUGAACGGAUUCUCAAACAUAGUGGUAAGGAAAUGUUCUUUUAA